GUGCCUGUCGCCCGCAGACCCCGAGGACGCGGCCAUGCCGGGCCGGGCGGAGGCGGGGGAGGCCGAGGAGGAGGCGGGGGCCGGCUCGGGGUCCGAGGCGGAGGAGGACGCGCUGUGGGAGCGGAUCGAGGGCGUCCGGCACCGGCUGGCGCGCGCCCUGAACCCGGCCAAGCUCACGCCGUAUCUUCGCCAGUGCCGGGUCAUCGACGAGCAGGACGAGGAGGAGGUGCUGAGCACCUACCGCUUCCCGUGCCGCGUCAACCGCACCGGGCGCCUGAUGGAUAUCUUGCGCUGCCGUGGCAAGAGGGGCUAUGAGGCCUUCUUGGAAGCCCUGGAGUUCUACUACCCUGAACACUUCACGCUGCUCACCGGCCAGGAACCCGCCCAGCGCUGCUCCAUGAUCCUCGAUGAGGAGGGGCCUGAGGGCCUGACCCAAUUCUUGAUGACAGAGGUUCGGCGGCUGCGGGAAGCUCGAAAGAGCCAGCUACAGCGGGAGCAGCAACUGCAGGCCCGGGGCCGGGUGCUGGAGGAGGAGCGGGCAGGGCUGGAGCAGCGGCUGCGGGACCAGCAGCAGGCUCAGGAGCGCUGUCAGCGGCUGCGGGAGGACUGGGAGGCGAGCAGCCUGGAGCUCCUGCGGCUCAAGGAUGAGAACUACAUGAUCGCCAUGCGCCUGGCCCAGCUCAGUGAGGAGAAGAACUCCGCUGUGCUUCGCAGCCGUGACCUGCAGCUGGCGGUGGAUCAGCUCAAGCUGAAGGUGAGUCGGCUGGAGGAAGAGUGUGCACUGCUGCGAAGGGCCAGGGGGCCGCCUCCUGGGGCGGAGGAGAAGGAGAAGGAGAAAGAGCCGGACAAUGUGGACCUUGUCUGUGAGUUGCGUGCCGAGAACCAGCGGCUGACGGCGUCACUGCGGGAGCUGCAGGAGGGCCUGCACCAGGAGGCGAGCCGGCCGGGGGCCCCGGGCUCUGAGCGAAUCCUGCUGGACAUCCUAGAGCAUGACUGGAGGGAGGCGCAGGACAGCAGGCAGGAGCUGUGCCAGAAGCUGCACGCCGUGCAGGGGGAGCUGCAGUGGGCCGAGGAGCUGCGAGACCAGUACCUGCAGGGGAUGGAAGACCUGCAGCUGAAGCACCGUACACUGCAGAAGGACUGUGACCUGUACAAGCACCGCAUGGCCACUGUCCUGGCUCAGCUGGAGGAGAUUGAGAAGGAGCGGGACCAGGCCAUCCAGAGCCGCGACCGGAUCCAGCUGCAGUACUCGCAGAGCCUCAUUGAGAAGGACCAGUACCGCAAGCAGGUGCGGGGCCUGGAGGCAGAGCGGGACGAGCUGCUGACGGCGCUCACCAGCCUGGAGGGCACCAAGGCUCUGCUGGAGGUGCAGCUGCAGCGGGCCCAGGGUGGCACCUGCCUCAAGGCCUGUGCCUCCUCCCACUCCCUGUGCUCCAACCUCAGCAGCACUUGGAGCCUGAGCGAGUUCCCCUCCCCUCUGGGAGGCCCAGAGGCAACAGGGGAGGCCGCUGUCACGGGGGGAUCUGAGCCUCACCCCUCGGAGGAGGCCACAGACAGUGAGAAGGAGAUCAACCGGCUCUCCAUCCUGCCCUUCCCGCCCAGUGCCGGCUCCAUCCUCCGCCGGCAGCGCGAGGAGGACCCCGAACCCCCUAAGAGAUCCUUCAGCAGCAUGUCAGACAUCACAGGGAGUGUGACACUUAAGCCCUGGUCCCCUGGCCUCUCUUCGUCGUCCUCCUCUGACAGCGUGUGGCCUUUGGGAAAGCCGGAAGGCCUCCUGGCGCGGGGCUGUGGCCUGGACUUCCUUAACAGGUCUCUGGCUAUCCGAGUGUCUGGCCGGAGCCCCCCAGGGGGCCCAGAGCCACAGGACAAGGGCCCAGAUGGACUGUCAUUUUAUGGGGACAGAUGGUCUGGGGCUGUGGUGCGGAGGGUGAUCUCUGGGCCUGGGUCAGCCAGGAUGGAACCAAGAGAGCAAAGAGUGGAAGCUGCUGGUCUGGAGGGGGCGUGCCUGGAAGCCGAGGCCCAGCAGAAAACCUUGCUCUGGAACCAGGGGUCCUCACUCCCCUCCCUGAUGGACUCAAAGGCCUGCCAGUCCUUCCAUGAGGCCCUAGAAGCCUGGGCGAAGGGGCCAGGGGCCGAGCCCUUCUACAUCCGUGCCAACCUCACCCUGCCCGAGAGGGCAGAUCCCCAUGCCCUUUGUGUGAAAGCCCAAGAGAUUCUUCGGCUGGUGGACCCGGCGUACAAGCGGAGACAGGAAUGGUUCUGCACCCGGGUUGACCCCCUCACUCUGCGGGACCUGGACCGGGGCACUGUGCCCAAUUAUCAGAGAGCCCAGCAGCUCCUAGAAGUUCAGGAGAAAUGCCUGCCUUCCAGCCGGCACCGAGGCCCCCGCAGUAAUCUGAAGAAGAGAGCCCUGGACCAACUGCGGCUGGUGAGGCCCAAGCCUGUGGGAGCGGCCGCAGGGGACUCCCCAGAGCAGCCGCUGCUGGAGCCCUGUGGAGAGCCAGAGCGCAGCCUCAGACCCUACAGUUUGGUGCGGCCACUGCUGGUGUCUGCCCUGCGGCCUGUGGUGCUGUUGCCUGAGUGCCUGGCACCCCGGCUCAUCCGCAACCUGCUAGACCUGCCCAGCUCCCGGCUGGACUUCCAAGUUUGCCCCGCAGAAAGCCUCUCUGGGGAGGAACUGUGCCCAUCCUCAGCACCCGGAGCCCCCAAGGCCCAGCCUGCCAUCCCCGGGCUGGGCAGCAGGAUCCGGGCCAUCCAGGAGUCUGUUGGGAAGAAGCACUGCCUGCUGGAGCUGGGUGCUCAGGGUGUGCGGGAGCUGGUGCAGAAUGAGGUCUACCCCAUCGUCAUCCAUGUGGAGGUGACCGAGAAGAACGUCCGGGAAGUCAGAGGUCUGCUGGGCCGGCCGGGCUGGCGGGACUCAGAGCUGCUGCGGCAGUGCCGUGGCUCGGAGCAGGUGCUCUGGGGGCUGCCCUGCUCCUGGGUGCAGGUGCCCGCCCAUGAGUGGGGCCACGCAGAGGAGCUGGCCAAGGUGGUGCGCGGCCGCAUCCUGCAGGAGCAGGCCCGCCUCGUGUGGGUGGAGCGCGGCGGCGGCAGCAGAGGCUACGGCGGCAGCAGUGAGGCCUGAGGCUCAUCUGAUACCUGCGGCUUCUUCCCAGGCCAGUUGCGGCGAAGCUGGGUCCUCCCGCCCUGAGCCUUCCUAGAACCUUGGACUCCCAGUCGCAGGGCCCUUGACUCUGGCCU